GCUGAUGAAUUCUUCGUUGAAGCAGUAACGCUGAAGCAGGUGAGGAGAGUGAGGAUAGGGCAUGAUGGCAAAGGAGGAAGCAGUGGCUGGUACCUUGCCAAAGUGAUAGUGAGGGAAGAAGGACAGCCAGAAAGUGAGGCUGUGGAAUUCCCCUGCUACAGAUGGCUUGACAAAAAUGAGGAUGAUGGUCAGAUUGUCCGAGAAUUAGUGCCCGCUGGGGAGUCACCGAUGCUAAAAAAUGUCAGUUAUCACAUCAGCGUGAAGACAGGAGAUAUCCCCGGUGCCAGCUCAGACUCCAAAGUUUUCAUCAAACUCUAUGGGGAAAAAGCAGAUUCCAGCAAACAGCCUCUCUUAGUCUCUGAUAAUGAUCUAGGGAAUUAUUUUGAACGUGGUCGAGUGGAUGAGUUUACUCUAGAUAUGAUGGAUAUUGGGAAGAUCAACCGAAUACUGAUUGGUCAUGAUAACGUGGGUCUCCGGUCUGGCUGGUUCCUGGCCAGUGUCCAGAUCAUGGUUCCAGUCCAGGGAAAGCAGUACAUGUUCCCCUGCAACCGAUGGCUCGACAAAGACGAGGCUGAUGGCAGGGUGGAGGUGGAGGUCUACCCCAGUGAGAUUGUGCCUAUUGAAAAAUUGAUAAACUACGAGGUGUCUGUAGUUACUGGAGACGUGCGGGCCGCAGGCACCAAUGCCAAAGUCUUCAUGCAGAUUUAUGGUGAGACUGGUAAAACUGAACUGAUCAUCUUAGAAAAUAGAUCAAACAACUUUGAACGCGGAGCUACAGAUAUCUUCAAGAGAGAGGCUGCAGAUGUUGGCAAGAUUUAUAAGAUUCGGAUAGGCCACGAUGGGAAAGGCAUUGGGGAUGGCUGGUUCCUGGAAAGCAUCACACUGAAGCGGCUUGCCACGCAGACAAAGGAGUCUGAUAAAAAGAAGAAGAAGAAAAAAAAGAAGUCUGAUGAGGAGGAAGAAGAGGAGACCAAGGCUGAAGAAAUAACGGAUGUCUAUACAUUUGUGGCACAUCGCUGGUUGGCUAAAGAUGAAGGAGACAAGGAGCUUGUGGUGGAGCUGGUGCCUGAGGGAGAAUCUGACCUGGAAGAGAAUACAUAUGAAGUCCACGUUCUCACUGGGAAUGUGUGGGGGGCUGGGACGGAUGCUAAUGUCUUCUUGAGCAUCUAUGGCAUAGGAAGAGGAGACACGGGUGAACGGCAGCUGAAAAGGUCAAAUAACUUCAACAAGUUUGAAAAGGGACAGGUGGAUGUGUUCACCAUCAAAGCCAUUGACCUGGGUGAACUGAAGAAGCUGCGGAUCCGCCACGAUAACUCUGGUGCUAGCCCAAGCUGGUUCCUGGAGAGAGUAGAGAUUGUUGACCUCAAGGAGAGCACCACGUAUUAUUUUCCGUGCCAGCGGUGGUUAGCAGUUGAGGAAGAUGACGGUCAGAUUGUCAGGGAGCUGGUCCCAGUGGAUGAAGCAUUUGUAAAGAAAGAUUCGGAAAAUGAUGGCCAGUCUCUUGCAACGCUGGGCCUGGAACAGAAAGCUAAAUCAAUAACGUACAUUGUGAAAGUGAAAACUGGGGACAAGAAGAAUGCUGGGACAGAUGCCAAUGUCUUCAUCACUCUCUAUGGAAGUAAAGAUGAUACAGGCAUAGUCAGCCUAAAGGCCUCAAAGAUUAACAAGAACAAAUUUGAGCGUGGGAAGGUAGAUGAGUUUACAGUGGAGUCUGUGGACAUUGGAGACCUGAAAAAAAUCAAGAUAGGCCAUGACAAUAAAGGUAAUUCAACUGGCUGGUUUCUGGAAUGGGUGGAGAUUGAUGCCCCAUCACUGGGACAGUGCCUCAAGUUCCCCUGUGGCCGUUGGCUGGAUAAAUCGGAGGAUGAUGGAGCCAUUGAAAGAAUUAUCUUCCCUGCAGAACUGCAGACAAGAGAAUAUGUCCCAUUUGUGCCUUAUGAGAUCACGGUCUACACCAGCGACAUCUUUGGAGCUGGAACAGAUGCAAAUGUCUUCAUUGUUCUUUAUGGAAGUGAUGGAAUUUGCACUCAGCAGAAAUCCCUGUGCCUCAACAAGAGAGAGCAAAGGAUGUAUUUUGAAAGAAACUCGGUGAAUCAGUUCAUUGUGGAGCUGGAGGACGUUGGUGACAUUAUUGAGAAGAUUCGCAUAGGACAUGAGGGUGGAGGACUGAACUCUGGAUGGCAUUUGGACCAUGUGACGAUUCGGAGGCUGUUGCCAAAUGGAAAGGGCUCAGAAACUGUCACAUUUCCAUGUGAAAGAUGGCUUGCAAAGUCUGAAGAUGAUGGUGAGAUUAUCAGAGAACUGGUACCAUCUGAUAUUUUUACUGAAAAACUCAUGAAAGAUGGGACACUGAAGCAGAUAGAGGAAGAAGUUGAAGACCCAUUAGAAGUUCACACGUACAAGAUAAGCGUGUUCACUGGAGAUAUCUAUGGUGCAGGGACAGAUGCUAACGUUUUCCUAAAUAUCUACGGAGAUCUGGGGGACACAGGAGAGAGAAAACUCAGCAAAUCUGAAACGAACUUCAACAAGUUUGAAAGAGGACAGGAGGAUACGUUUACUAUACAGGCUGUGGACCUUGGCAUUGUGUACAAGAUCAAGAUUCGUCAUGACAAUAGCAUGUUCAGUCCUGACUGGUUCCUGGAAAAAGUAGAGAUCCUGGAUGAGACCACAGAGGAAUUGUUCAUUUUCCUGUGUGAGCGUUGGCUCUCUAAAAAGAAAGAGGACAAAAAGAUAGAGCGAACGCUUUAUGAACAGAGCUAUGGUGGCGAGCGAAAUAGCCUGGAUGGCUCGUCUCUCAGCCUGUCAAGUGAGGAUAGCAAUGGAAACCUGAAGGAAAGAAAAAAAUCCAGCUUGGUCAAGGCUGCAGAAGAAGGAUCACUGAUCCCAUACCACAUCACCGUCACAACGGGAACGGAAUAUGACUCCAGCACCGACAGCCGAGUGUACAUCAUCAUCAUGGGUCCUCAGAAAGUGCAGACGGAGAGGCUGUGGCUGGAUCUCCCAGAAGGAAAAGACGAGUUUGCAGAUGGUUCUGUAGAGAAAUUCUCUGUCUGGGGCCUAGAUGUUGGAGAGAUUAAAAAAGUGGAGGUGGGGCAUGAUGGUGCUACCCCGGAGAGCUGCUGGCUAGUGGAAGAGCUCACCAUCGUUGUGCCCACCAAAGGUGUCAUGUAUAACUUUGUCUGUAAGUGCUGGCUGGCUAGAGACAAAGGUGAUGGACUCACCUCAAGAAUCCUCAACAUCCUGGAUGCAGACUGCAUUAACGUUGGCCUCAAGAUUCUCUAUGAAGUCACAGUUGUGACUGGAGACAUCGAAAGUGGCGGUACUGAUGCCAGUAUUUUCAUGACUGUCUUUGGAUCCAAUGGGAACACUGAGGAGAUGCAGCUGGAAAAAAAUGGUGACAG